CUGCGUUCGGCAGAGCGCUACAACAGAGUAGAGUGUGUGUUUGCCGUGUGUGUGAGUGUCCAGAGCAGCGAUCGCAGUGAAAAAGGAUAGAGAGAGAGAGAUAGACAGACAGGGCAGAUAGAAGAAGAGAGAGAGAGAGAGAGAGAAAGAGAGACAUCCAGAGGCAGGACUGAGCAGACUGAGAGAACCCACCACAGUUAGAUAGACGGAGGGAUGCUGACAGUCUGAAAGAGGCUCCUCACAUUUCUUCUACAUCCCGGCCAGAGGAAGACCACAUCUCACCCAGCAGGCUACAUAUAACAGAAGACUCAUCUAGACGUCUCAUACACUUUGCCGACAACAUACCGGCAGCACGAAAGUCCCUUCUCUCCGACUAGUUGGCUGUACAUGGAGACCCCCAGCUGGGCAGAAACCAAGCCAGGAAGUGGUCUGUGCAAACCAGGAACCAUUGCUCUGUUUGGUAACGUGGUCUACAGUGGGCUGCUCAACGAGCACUUCUGGCACUUCGGGGUUCCCCUCGUCACCAGACUGGGUAACCAAGAGGCCCCAGCUCCCCCUGAAGCCAUGGCCCAGCCCUUCCCACCAGCCCAGUACCCCCCUCCACCACAGAACGGGAUCCCCGCUGAAUACGCCACGCCCCAUGCCCACCCACCGGCAGACUACACAGGACCAAGCUCGGUGGCCGAGCAUGCCCUGACACUGUACACGCCGACACACACACAGAGCGAACAGCCGGGAAACGACAGCAACACCCCCAACCUCACAGCCAACACAGUAACGGAUCUAAUGCGUAGCGCGCUGUGUGUUUCCCUGCAGCAGGCAGAAGAGGCUGCACAGACGGAGGUUUCCCAGCUUCACCUGCAAUCAAGCGACUCGUCGGAGAAGCAGCAGCCCAAAAGGUUACACGUCUCCAACAUCCCUUUCCGUUUCCGAGAUCCUGACCUCCGGCAAAUGUUCGGGCAAUUUGGCAAGAUAUUGGACGUGGAGAUUAUUUUUAACGAACGAGGCUCCAAGGGCUUUGGGUUUGUAACAUUUGAAACAAGUGCAGAUGCUGACCGUGCACGGGAGAAACUAAAUGGUACAAUCGUAGAGGGACGCAAAAUAGAGGUCAACAAUGCCACAGCCAGAGUAAUGACCAACAAAAAAGUGGCAAACCCUUAUACAAACGGCUGGAAGCUGAAUCCAGUGGUCGGAGCGGUAUACGGCCCUGAGUUUUAUGCAGUGACCGGGUUCCCAUACCCCAGCACAGGAGCAGCAGUGGCCUACAGAGGGGCCCAUUUGAGAGGGAGGGGUCGCGCCGUCUACAACACAUUCCGUGCUGCACCUCCUCCUCCACCCAUCCCUGCCUAUGGAGCUGUGGUCUACCAGGAUGGCUUUUAUGGUGCAGAAAUAUACGGAGGAUAUGCAGCUUACAGAUAUGCCCAGCCAGCUGGUACUGCUGCAGCCGCAUACAGUGACAGUUAUGGCAGAGUCUAUGCAACAGCAGACCCAUAUCACCAUACGAUUGGUCCUGCAGCUACGUACAGUGUGGGUACUAUGGCUAGCCUUUACAGAGGAGGGUGCAGUCGCUUCACUCCCUACUAGAAAAGAGAGAGACACGCCCCAUUUGCUUUCCCGCAAAACAGACACACAAAAAACAGCAACAAAUGAAAUGACUAAAUGACCAUCUUCACCCUCUUCAUGGAGAAUAAAAAAAAAAGGAAAUGAUUCCAGGU